UACUCGAGUACCAUGGAGGGCACGGAGCUCUUUACGUUCCUCUUCCCUGAGAAGGCGAAGGAUGGUGAGGUAAACAAUGCAGACCACAUAGCGUAUCUCAAUGAACUGACGGGCUUCUCUGUUGACAGACUCAGUCAUGAGCCCGAACGCCUGGACCAGGAGCAGAAGCGCCUGGUCAACGACACUAGGGAUUUAGCGUUCCAGCAUUACCGAGGAUUCAUUCAGACGGCCAAAUGCUCGAAGGACGUGUUCUUAGAAUUCAAGCAGCUGGCCAAUAAUAUUGUGCGGCUGCAAGAGAGGCUUCCGUUGCUGACUGAACAAUGCCAUUCGUUCGUCCGAGACACACCUUCGCUGACCACCAAGCGACACUCUCUCUUCGCAACGCUGCAGUAUCACUCGCAGCUUCUGGAGAUUCUAGAAGUACCGCAGCUCAUGGACACGUGCGUGCGCAAUGGUCACUACGAGGAAGCCUUAGAUCUAGACAAUACUGUCACUCGAAUUUCUCGCAAACAUGGCGCGAUAUCCUUGUUUGCACAAGUUGUUGAUGAGGUUUCCGAGGCUAAGAAGGUCAUGUUGACUCAGCUGAUGCAGCUACUACGAGGUGACAUAAAUCUGCCAGCUUGCCUCCGCGUCGUUGGCCAUUUGCGGCGCAUGAAUUGUUUCACGGAGAAAGAGCUCCGACUGAAGUUCUUGAGCGCCCGUGGCCUGUGGCUGAAAACAAAUGUGGAUGCUCUGAGCGACACAGACGCUUACGCGUACACCAACAAAUAUAUAGAAACUUUCCGUAUUGGAUUGUUUGAUAUUGUAACUCACUAUCGAGCCAUCUUUCCGGAUUCUGGUACAAGGAAAGGUGAUUUACAGUCUCGCCAACUCAUGUACGGAUGGGUGAAUCAUAUUGUGGCAGCAUUCAUGACGAUGUUGAAAUCUCAGCUACCGCGAGUGACUGAGGGAACUCUGAUCAAUUCCUUGUUGGGCCAAUGCAUGUACCUGGGGUCCAGCUUGGGUAGGGUUGGUGUUGAUUUUCGUGGCUUGCUCCCUGAGCUAUUCUGUGGGAGGAUCAUAACCCUAUUUGCCCAAGCAACCUCAAACACGACCAAUGCGUUCGCUAAGGCAUUGAAAACGAAGCCUAGAAACGUAAUCACAUCUUCAGCAGGAGCUGCAUCACUACACCGAGCAGCUGCUACGAGUGCCGAGACGAUUGAAUACACAAAAGGUCAACCGAGCAAUUCGAACUUUGAACAACCUUCAGCCGCUUUGAAUGAAUUCCCCUAUCUGGCCACGCUGGUGAACGGUUUUGUGGACGCUUAUAACAAUCUACGACACUGCGCGCCUCUGGCGACAGCCAAUACGAUACGAAGGAUCGUAAGCGAACAUUUGAAUAAUAUAGUGGCACUCGUAGUGUUCACUCAUCAAAAUGUUUUUGAAGCGCGGGAAGAUGACGACCCCGAGAUUGUGAACCAGAGUCUUAGGUUUAUGCAGUUGCUUUCAACAGAUGCCGUGCCCUUUAUCGCGCGAGGGUUCCAUGCCAUAUUCGCAAACUCUCAGAGCUCUACUGCAGGCUCUGGUAGAUUCUCUGUUGCAGAUAUAGACUUCAAGGAGAUCUUUGCGCCACUGCUGGCUAUUGAACAAGCAUCACGCACGAUGACGCCACCAAAAGAAUCGCCACAGACAACGAAGAAAGCCGCACCAGCUGAACCCGAAGAUGCGACCGUUGACGAGACGGAGAAGCCUAGCAUAACCUACGAUGAGAACAAACCCAGCACAACGUCCGAUGAGAACAAAGUUGCUAAAGUGGGGGAUAUUGCAAUCGCUAUGGAGGAUCCGUCAAUCACACAGUCAACACCCAUCCAAGAUACCAUACCAAAUACAGAUCCUACAAUAGUAUCAACAGAACCGAUAGAAAUGACAUCACCAUCCGCCCAAAAUAGUCUCUCAGAAGCUGUUGACACUUCGCCUGAGACUGCACACCAUGUACCUACAGAAGCGAUAGAGGAGACAUCUGCUGAGGACUUUAGGGUCUGGAAUGACGCGGCUCGUAGUGACAUUCCAGGCGACAAGCGAACAAGACGAAGCACAAUUUCAAUGAUUGAAACAAGUGCGUCGGCCUCCACGAAUUGAGAGAGACAUGAUGGCAGUUAAUCUUUGGUAUUGCGAAUAAUUCUCAUAAAUCCCUCGCUUUUGCAAAUAAUAUUUAUUAAAAACCGAUUGCCUA